AUGGAAAUUAAAAGCGGCUACACGAUCUUGGCGCAAGUAAACUUGCUUGGGUGCUGUCCAUCGCAGAGGAAUCAGAAUAAAAACGAUGGGUGCAAUGAGGAAGCUAAUUUCUGGUCAACUAAGUACAAAGAAGGCCUGAGAUCAAUGUUAGAGGGGCUUAAGUCGGAGCUGAAGGACAUCAAUUACUCCUAUUCUGAUGCAUACAGCAUCUUCAUCAACUUCAUUCAGACACCAGCGACCUAUGGAUUUACGGAGGUUAAAGCUGGCAUGUUGUGGGCUGGGGAACCUACGAGCGCAGGUUCCUUGCCUGCCCAUUUCAACCUAUUGCUCUAA